AUGAAAGACGUCGAGUUUCAAGACAUCGAGUACGCGGUCAACGUACGCAAAAGUUUCCUUAGCGAAAGCCACAAACGGACGAUCCUGAAGGGUGUCAGUGGUGUCUUCCGGCAUGGACAACUAACAGCAAUUAUGGGUCCCUCCGGGGCUGGAAAAAGUAGUCUGCUGAAUGCAAUCUCCGGCUAUCGAAAAUCGGGCGUUCAGGGUACGGUACAUCUGAACAAGAAGGCAUCCUGCUACAUCACACAGGAGGACCAUCACCAACCGAUGCUGACCGUGGAAGAGCUGAUGGGGAUCGCGUGCAAGCUAAAAAUUAAGGACCAAUCUGACUGUCAGGAAACGAUCACGGAGGUACUGUCCAGCUUGAACCUUAAUCAUCGGCGCAAUGUAACGGCCGAACGGCUGAGCGGUGGCGAACGGAAACGGCUGUCGAUCGCACUGGAGAUGGUUGCCAACCCAUCCGUCUUUUUCUUGGACGAACCGACGAGCGGCUUGGAUGAGGUGACGGCAGCAAACUGCGUGCGAUUGCUGCGAGAUCUUGCCCGGCAGGAUCGGACAGUGGUGUGUACGAUACAUCAGCCUUCGGCGAGUAUCUUCGCGUUGUUCGAUCACAUUUACGUGAUUGCCCGGGGACAGUGUGUGUACCAGGGCAAUCCGAAGGCGCUCGUUCCAUUUCUGGCCCACCUGGACAUCGAAUGCCCGCGGCACUACAAUCCGGCUGACUUUGUUAUUGAAAUCUGUGAUAGUGACACCCAGGAACUCAUUCCAACACUUGCCAACGCGAUGCAGAACGGUAAAUCCAUAUGCUCUGAACUCCAGCAAGCAGGAGCAAUUGCUGCCGGUGGCCCAGCAUCCGGACCCGCCUCGAUCUCCUCCGAUCACGAACCAUCCUCGCUCGAGCCGGUCAGCGAGUUUGUGCUGAAGCCGACGGUCACCUCCAUGAUACUGGAUCGGCAAGGUCCGCACGUUAGUACGCUCGUGCAGAAGAUGAAACAGAUCACACGCUUCUUCCACAACCGGCACGCCGUGUCCGGGUUCGUACAGUUCUGGGUGCUGUUUCGAUUGAUGUGGACCAAAAUCAUACGCAACCGAACGGUGCUCUGGAUUCAGCUGAUACAUCACAUAGCGUGUGGAAUUUUCAUCGGUUUGAUAUUUUUGGAUGCUGCCAACGACGGAGCACGUAUGUUUGAUCACCUGAAGUUCUGUCUCGGAGUGUGCUUCUUCUUUUGCUACACACAAGUCAUGGUUCCAAUAUUAAGCUAUCCACGAGAGGUAAAGCUGGUUAAGAAGGAAUGCUUCAAUCGCUGGUACGGUCUAUUUCCCUACUAUCUGGCCCUGACACUAUCUCGGCUCCCCGUACAGUUGCUGCUCAAUAUUGUGUUCACUCUGCUGGUGUACUGGCUGUCCGGUUUGCCACCAGAGUUCUUCCGCUACUGUUUGUUCGCGCUCGUCGGCAUCAUUGUAUCACUGUGUGCGGAAGGAUUCGGUCUCAUGAUCGGUGCCACUUUCAAUGUGAUGAACGGUUCCGCCAUUGGUCCGCUAACGAUAGCGCCCUUCCUGGGGCUGGCCAUCUACGGGUUUGACUUUGCGCCUCAGAUUCCCGUCCUGAUGCAGUGGCUAAUGCGCGUAUCGUUCAUUCGUGGCGGUGUUGUGUCCGUUGUGCUGGUAGUGUUCGGCUACAAUCGGGCCAAGUUGGAGUGUAACGAGAUGUACUGCCACUUUGACGAUCCGAAGGUUCUGCUGCAUUACGUACGCAUCGACAACACCACACUGCUGUUCGAGCUGACCAUUCUGAUCUCGAUGACGCUCUUCUACCGGUUGGUGUGCUACCUGAGCCUGCGGAGACGCUUCUACAAGUAG